GUAGGGAGCGGCCCCCGCCUCUUCACGCGCUCUCCGGAGCGGCGCGCGAGCUGCACCACAUCUGUUCGCUAUGUGUCCACCGGCAGCACGCGCUCUCCCGGUGCUCCUGCUCGUGCUCGGCGCCCUCAGCCCGAUGCUCACAGCAUUUAAACCAUUCCAUCCACGCAAUGUGAAACUUACCUCAGUGGAGAAGGGCUUAAAGGUGACAUGGGACCCACCUAACGAGCUGGAUGGUCGGCCAGUGGAUCGAUACAGUAUUGGCUAUGGCAAGUCCAUGAGGUCUCUACGCUUCAUCAAGGUGGACAAGGACAGCCGCUCCGAGGUACUAGAGGACGUAGAGCCUGGAGUCCUGCACUUUCUCAAGAUCAGUUCUGAGAAUGAGGAUGGAAUGAGUAAACCAGUCUACAGAGCAGAAACUCCAGGAGGUGGGGAAUUGGUAAAACUGGAUGGCUUUGCCGUUGAAGGAAGUGCUUCUGCAAACGCUUCCUUACCAGGUAGGAGGACAUCUGAGCGCUCCUCGAAGAUAAGCCCUCGUCCUACAGUUGAGAAAUCAACAGUGUUACGGCAGAGAGCCCCUCAGUCCUCCUCAGGCCCUGAAGCUCCACAGAGAGGAGGAUACCUGCCCAUUCGCUCUCAAAACAAACAUAGGGUGGACCUCAGUCAGCCUCAAGCUGACCAGCGCAAUGCUAACAAACCUAAACUAGCUUCUGAGUCCAUCUAUGUGGUAUCACUGCAGGCACAGAAAGCCCCACAGAGGACCGUACCAGCAAGCAAGACUGUCAAUACCGAAAGCCCUCCUCCAGAGCAUGAUGAAGUAGAGGAGGUGGAAGACAUUACAGUGAGGAUACUGUCUCCCCAGUCUGUUGUAAUCACAUGGGUGGAUCCACUUGUCAAGAAACAGAAAAGUUUCCCUGAAGGUACCAGGCAAUACACUGUCAGAUAUAGAGAGAAGGGAGAGUCUGCUCGAUGGGAAUAUAAGGAGACCUCACAGAAGCAGCUUGUGAUUGAGAAGCUGUCUGCAGAUGGAAUGUAUGAAUUCUCUGUUCGAAUCACUCAGGGUGAUCAACAUGGGAAAUGGAGUGUAUCUGUAUUUCAAAGGACCCCUGAAUCAGCACCCGCUGGCCCUCCGGAGAAUUUUGAGGUGAAACCACUUAGAGGGAAAGGCACAGCAGUCACUGCAACAUGGGAUCCACCAGAUGAACCCAAUGGUAAAAUCAGAGAAUAUAUUCUGUCCUAUGCUCCAGCCCUAAAACCCUUUGGAGCAAAAUCAGUAACAUAUCGUGGCACUACUACAUCGGCCACCAUAGAUGGGCUGGCACCUGGUGAUCGUUAUGUCUUCAAAAUUCGAGCAGCCAACAGAAAAGGACAAGGACCACAGUCUAAAGCCUUGAGUGUUGCAAUGCCUGAAACCAGCACUACUGCCUUACGCCAUUCUACUCAGUCCAAGAGCACCUCCAGAACAUCUGUAUAUGAUGACUUAGAGGACCAAGAUACAGAAGACACAGAAAUAUCUCUUACCCAUACCACUACUUCUUCACCCACAAACAAGAAAUCUCGCCCCCUUUCUCAAACACGGUCUUAUCACAGCAUUUUUUCAUCACUAAGAGGCUCGGUCAGAAAUUCAGGUUCCAAUUCUAGAACAACCAUUAGUAGUGAUAAAGAAGGAGAUGAGGAAGAGGCACCAACAGACACUCCAAAUGAAGAUAAAGCAACAGAAAAUGAAGCUGUUGAGGAUACACAACCUGAAAGUACUAACAAUGCUCCAAAAACUGAGGAGGAAGAACAACACAAAGGUUCAUCCGGAGAUAAGGAAUCAAGCUCUGUUCUUAAAAGUCCAUUACCGAAAAAGCAUUCCUUCCCUCCAAUGUCCAAAGAGGGCCAUGACCAAUCUCAGUCACUGACACCUCGCACAUCCUCUGUUGUCAAUGGUAACCGUUUAAGACGGCCACCCUCAAGUACCUCAUGGUCACGGACAAGAAAUCAAAAUGGUGGAUCCUCCAGUUUACCCAAAAGCCAAGACCCUGUAGUCUCAAAGAAAGUCCACACUAGCUUAUAUCCUGAAGGCAAAGUCAGUGAUACAGUAGCAAAAUCAUCCACUCCAUCACCCACCACAUCACCUCAGGAAACCAAGACAGAAACAGAUAGAAAGUCAUCAUCUUCAUCACUGUCAUCAGUUGGGACAAGCAGAGUUUCUUUCUCAGCAAGGCAUGCCAGUAAUUCAGGGCCUGGUCCAGCUUAUCCAAAUGGUAGAAGAGUAACUCAAAAUAAAGGUCACAAAUAUCAUGCACCUAGACAAAAAACAGCUUUAACCUCAUCUGCUUUGUCACAAUCUUCAACAGUUUCCAGUACUGACAACAGGGAUACCCAAUCAACCAGUAACUUGAAUACAAAACAUAACAGUAAAAAUGAUCAUAAAAUAAAAAUUCAAAAUAAUGAAGAUACACCUUCUACUUAUCAAUAUACCACUACUCUUGCCCCUCCAAUCAAAGCAGAGAAUAAACAGGAUGUUGGCAACAAUUAUAAAGACAAGGCUGUUAGCAGUUAUUUGCCUUCAUCUCAGAUUCCUUCUACAGCAAGUCCAGGACAUGGUUCCUCCUUGUCUAACAGAAAUUCCAGGGUAGUAAUUGGAAGUAGUCAGAGAAAAGAUGGCAGGAUCCCAUGGAGCAGGACUGCUUCUUCAGUAGGAGCAGGUAGGCCCUUUUUGAGAGGAAUGCCAUCAAAUCCAACAGCCUCAGGAGAGCAUGUCAGUGGUAAAACCAAAACCUCCCCAACAACCUACAACUCUAACAUUGCAACACCCACUGUAAAGAGUAGACAAGCAGCUUCAAGCAAUGGACAGACGACCUCUAAUGAUCACAAAGAACAUGCAAUAUCAGACAAUGAUCACAAACAUGACUACCUCUCUGAGGUCAGCAAAGACACCCAGGAGAUUAAGAACUCUGCCCCAACUGCUUCCCCCCAAAAAACUGCUUCUGAUUCUAAACACAUUCAGAGGUCUGGACAAACCUCUGACAACAGCUCUCGCACAUCCUAUAUGAAUCUCAAUAGACUUGGUCUGGGUUCCAAUGGAAAGGUUCGUUCUGCUCUCCUGGCCAGUCGUCUGAAUGAGUUAAGGUUGCGUGGUAGGUUACAGACAGUUCAAAAUACACAACUGGGCUCUGCUGCUAAACAAAACUCCUCUUCAUCAUCCGUUUCAACUUCUUCGUCCUCUUCUGCCUCCCAGACAAUGGAACACAAAGCUUCACCUUCAGAUGAAGGCACCGGUGCUAGCCAAAAUGCUAAUGUUAGAUCAACUGUGGGAUUGGUCUCACAAUCAUCCCUGAUGCAACCUGCUGGUGGUGACACAUCAAAUGAUUUCAAGACCCCUGUAACAGUUCCAGCAAGAAAUCCAGUGGUGAGAUCACGCUAUCCAAGCAGAUCUGACAAAAAUUCAAGAGGAAAAACCCCAGUUGGUUUACACAAACCUAAUUAUGGGCAAGGCAAGAAUGCUCGACCAAAUCUUACAGCAACAAAUGGCAAAAUUGCAUCUACAUCAAAUGAAAAUACAAAAGGAAAUGGAGUCAAAUAUAUUACAGGCCCCGAUGGAACCAGAUGGGUUGUAGAUCUGGCUAAAGGAGUCCUGAUGAAUGAAGAGGGAAAGGUUUUACAGGAUUCUAGAGGCCGGCCCAGAAAAGUAGUCAUUGGAGAAGAUGGGAAAACUAUCUUUGAUGAAGAGGGUACCCCAUUAGUAAACCAGGAAGGUAUGGCUUUGUUUGGUCAUGGGAGGGACAGUCGGCCUGUUGUUAACCCCAAAGAUAAGUACCUCACUGUUGGAGGGAAGCCACUUGUGGGCCUGGAUCGUCCUACGCCCAGUACUACAACCACAACAACUACAACCACAACUACAACUACAACUACAACCACUGCUGAACCAACCACCACGACAACCACUGCUGAACCAACAACAACAGAAAUUACUACUCUGGAGUACAUAACUGAAGCUUUGCCUACCUGUCCCCCUGGAACAUUUGCAAAGCUGGAUAAGAAUGGCAUUCCUAUGAUGGAUGAUUAUGGAAUACUGGACUGCUACCCAAGUGAUGAAUUUUUGAUGGAGACCACCACGAUCCCUAUCACCACUCAGCUGCCCCAUACUACUCACACCCCCACAACAGGGUUCCGCUUCUUUAAUAACAGCCCGUCAUCUGAGUUUGAUGUUGCUGGCAAGAAACGCUUCACAGCUCCAUAUGUGAAUUACAUCCAGAAGGAUCCUGGUGCUCCAUGUUCCCUGACCGAGGCGCUAGAGUACCUGCAGGUGGAUGUGCUGGCUGACCUCAUUGAAAAGGACAGUGCCACAGCCAGCCAAAAGCAGCCACCCAAACACAAGCCAAAGAACAUCACUGUAAUUGCCAUGGAGGGAUGUCACUCAUUUGUUAUUUUGGACUGGGCUCGCCCAUUGAAGGAUGACAUGGUUUCAGGAUACAUGGUGCACAGCGCCUCCUAUGACGAUGUCCUGACCAACAGAUGGUCAUCUAGUCUCUCAUCUGGCACACACCUAGCUGUGGAGAACCUCAAGCCAAACUCCAGGUAUUACUUCAGAGUUCAAGCAAAGAAUGUUUAUGGUCUCGGGCCGAUCAGCGAAACAAUAAGUUAUGUUACAGAAUCAGAUGACCCUCUUCUAAUAGAGAGACCCCCAGGUGGCGAGCCUAUUUGGAUUCCUUUUUCCUUCAGGUACAACCCUGCCCACAGUACCUGUAAAGGAAGUCAAUUUGUCAAGCGCACAUGGUACAGGAAGUUUGUGGGUGUGGUCCUGUGCAACUCACUGCGCUACAAGAUCUUUAUGGGAGAUGGACUGAAGGAAACUUUCUACAGUAUUGCUGAUUCCUUUGGCAAUGGAGAAGACCACUGUCAGUUUGUAGACUCACAUUUGGAUGGAAGGACAGGACAACAAGCCCUUUCCAUUUACCUACCCCAAGCUCAAGGUUAUUAUCGCUCAUAUAGACAAGAGCCUGUCAAUUUUGGUCCCAUCGGCAGGCGUACGCCUCAUCAGUUUGUGGGCUGGUAUGAGUGUGGGGUCCCGAUCCCUGGGAAAUGGUAACAGAGGACAUUGUGAAUGCCAGUUAUCACUGGCAGCUACAUAUCAUCCUGCUACAACCUCUCUGUUUGCCAAGUCCAUAAAUGAACUUUUACCAACCACAGCAACUACAGCCAAAACCAACAUACGUUUUCUCUCAGAGAGGAUAUAAUACUUAAAGUAACAUUUUUUAUUAUAACAGUUCCAAUAUCAAGCACUUUUUAAAAGCAAAUCUGUAUAUAAGGUAUUACAAGCAUGUGUGUUCAAAUUAUUAACAACAUUAUCAGGAACAUUGUAUCCUGAAUAAUUGUCAGUGACAAUGACUGUGAUGGCUUCUGAUUACUGCUUGUAAUAUUAAGUAGUUUGAUACAAACCACAAGCCUUACAAUUGCAAUGACUUAUACAAUAAUGAUGUAACAAACUGUCUGUGAUUAUUUUUUGGGGUAAUACUUUGCUAGUUUUGUACUCAUGUUUUCUAUCCUCUUUUCUUGGAUGGCAGUUAAAUUUGAAAUAUUGCCCAUAUUAGGGCAGAUAAACAAAGGUAAUUUUAUUUGCUCAGGAAAGGUCAAAUACUGAAUAAAGAUACAUGUACAUCACAAACGUUUUUAUGUUACGUAGACCAAAUGAGGAAAAUACUCAUUUAAUAUGGGAAAAUGAUGAUGUAGAUAAUUGCCAUACUUACUGAUGUGUGUGUGUUUUGGGCUCAUAACAUAAAUUAAUUAUCAAGUAAUUUGAACAGGUGUGAGAAAAGGUCAUAAGUCAGUCAUUAACACAGUCAUGAUGUUUAUAUGAUAUGGUUGUAUUGAACACAUGAAAAUGAACUUAUACAGUAACAUUAUGACAUCAUCGUUAACAACAAUUUGUUAAACUAAUAUACAUUCAUACAUACAUGUAUGUAAUAUACAUACAUAAAAGUCAUUUAUUUUCACAUGCUCCCAUAUUGUAAGAAGAAAGAUAUAUAUUUAAUUUAUUAGAAAUUAAAAUGCAUUGAUAUUUAGCAGUAUAGGCAUCUCAAAUAGUAUCUCAAAUAAAUUUCACAUUGUGUAUGAACAAGGUUUGUACCACAUACAGAAACAUCUUUCUAUAUUUACUCCCAUGCAGUCAUGUGGUUUUGAAGCUGAAUUGUUUGAUCUUCAUACUUCUGUGUGGAAAAUAUUAUCUCAAGGACCAGUGUGUUCACGCAAAAGUCAAAAACAUUUGUGUUUUACACGGCCUUUAGGAAAAAUGUAUCCGGCAGUUCAUACAAGGGGGAAAUCUGAGGUUAACUAGCUCAAUCUUCUCUCUUUUGGACAGCAAUUGUUUCCGUUGGUUUUGGUGACAGUAAUUGUUUUGUUUCAAGGAUGGGACAUAGAAAAGUGGAGCAUAUUUUGCACUAAUUUCAACUCCAGAAUAAAGACAUGCUCCAGAGGUAAUCUGUUUUUUAUCCCGCUUUGUUUAAACUGGUUGUCUCAGACUGUAUUUCUAUUAUCAAGCACGGCAUGGUUUGGAAUAGUUAACAACUUGUGUUACAUAACAAUACAUGUGCUGCUUGUCACUACCAAUCAAUUCAUGUAAAAGAAAAAAUAAUGGAGAUAAUCACAUCAAGCUCCAGUAAUGAAUAAAACCUCACGAUUCAAUGAUGCAAGAGUAUUGAAGUGUACUGUA